CAGGCAUGUAUGAUGUAUUCGGUUGAAUUGGCUAGGCUUGGAGAGUAGAGGCCUCUCGAAGUGCCCUAUCUAUAUCAAUACAGUUUCUUGAUAUCUUCUUUAUCAAUUCUUCCUGAUUUCAUACUGUUCUUAGUUCAAUUACACCAAGGUUCUAUCAAUGGUAUCAGAGCAUCUUUUCUGGUGACCUGAAUUCUUGUUGAAAUUACCGAUUUUUUUUUUGCCUCGUUCUUGCUGUGAACGAUCACUGUGCACUCGUUCUGGUGAUCGGAGACCGUGUAGCAUCACCAGAAUUGUUUUUUCGUUCCAGUUUUAGAAUGGUCUGGACAAGAGCCAAAAAAAUGGAAGAGCAAAUGGAGAUGAUGGAACGUCGUCAAGUUGCGAUGAAACAUAAUCAAGAGGCGAUGGAUGCAACCUUGCUACGGAUGAAAACGAUGGUGACAAAAUUGGUGGAAAAGAUGGAUGCGAUGAGAGAUGAAAUCCACGAGAACAGGAGGUCGCGAUCUCAUCAUCUACAUCAAUCGCGACAUGAAUGGUCCCAGUCAACUGCGCAGGUGUAUUCUCAAUCGCGAGAAACUCUUUCCCGUUCUAAGAUUCUGUCGCGAACUGUUUAUCCUCAAUCAUCUCCAUCACAAGUUUGUUCUUCCAGUUCAUCGCUAAGUGCAACGCGACUGAGAGGAGAAACUUCACAAUCGCAGUCGCGUACAGUGAUUACAGGUUCAUAUCACAGUUCACAAUCGCAAACCCCAUCUUCCAGUUCGAAAUCGCGAACUCAUUCUCUCAUUUUUCCAAGAUCUCAGACUUCCUCUCUUGCGGUCUCGCACAACUUGUCUUCGCUAGACAUCAUUCACCCGAUGCCAUUUUCAUUGCUUGGAACCCCAACACCUACACAGAGCCCUGAGUUGAAGCAGACGUUGUCUAAAUCUUCGGUUCAAGAAUUGGAAGACGGAGGAUAUUCAGGAAGGGGCAGAAAGCGUUGACCCACCAGACUUUCUGGAGGAGUCCAAAAAGCAUAAAUCAGAUAAUCUUACACAUGAAGUUCGAAGGUAUACUAGGGCCUUAGACAGAAACCCAGAAGAUUUUAAACCUGGGAUUGGUAGCAUUCCGGAACUUGGAUUGGGUGGUCUUAAGGAAAUUAUGCAACCUUAUUUACUAAACAAUAGUUUGGAAGAGCUGAAUAAGACUGAUGGUUUCAGAUUUGAUAGUGAUACUUGUAUGAAGUAUAUUCAAAAUAGAAUGGGGUUUAUACUUGCUGGGAAUUAUACGAAAUAUGGUACUGUAAAUGCCUUGAAUGAAGGAUUUCUUGACAACAACAAAUGUGCAACAAUAAUUGUGCAUAACCGGGAUGAGUUGGCAAACUGUGUCAUUACUCUUCUGCAGUUAACAGAACAGCAGGUCCACACAAGGUUGAAGAAUACCAAAGCUUCGAGUUUUCAGAAUCACAAGUUCCUUCAAUUCAGUAAAGACAUGGAUACAUUCAGUGCUGGGAAUGAUGGUUUGUUUCUGGAAAGUCUGGAAGCAACAAUAUCAAAGCAGUUAACAGUUACAGACAUAAAAGAACAGCAAAAGGAGCUAUUUGUUGCUAAUGAAGGCUCAAAGGCGACUGAAGAAAAUAAAACUUCUCCAGAUAUAACUUCUGCAACAGAAACAUCCUUCAUUUUUAAGUUUCAAGCAUUGAAGCACAUGGUCAAAUCAGGGAAGGAAGAGGCGCGAGAAAGAAGUUGAAUGGCAUGGCGGGUUCUUACUCCCCACCUUGAGGACAAGGUGGUUGUUGAGGGGGGAGUAUUGAUAGGAACAUAGAUAAUAAUACUAAUAAGAAUACUAGAAUAGUAGAUACUAAUAAAUGGGCCUGUUAUAAUGGGCCUAUUAGUAUAGAUAAGAAUAAGAGGGCUUGUACUAUAAAUAGAUAUGGAAGGGGUGGAAAAGAAGGCAGGCAUGUAUUCGGUUGAAUUGGCUAGGCUUGGAGAGUAGAGGCCUCUCGAAGUGCCCUAUCUAUAUCAAUACAGUUUCUUGAUAUCUUCUUUAUCAA